AGAUUCGAUCCUAAGUGGGAUUCUGAAGGAGUGGCUCCAUGUUGUAAUUAAAAUGUACCAAAUUGGCUGCUUUCUUCUGGGGAGCAGGAGGCCAGACCUCUGCCUGGGACAGUGCAGGUGUGCACCUGUGGCUGUUUGCCCUGGUGGUGGAAGCGGUCUUUUUGGUUCCCGCUCUGGUCCAUUGGCACCCCUAAGGAAGGGGCUGCAGGAACUUCUGUGGGGACCCACCCCCCAUUACCUUUCGCACCUGAGACAACCACAGCUGGUGCUUGGACAGGGCCUGCAGAGGCAGCUUUGUCCGUUGUCAGCAGAAGAGGUGGCCUGUGGUGGGGUCCUGGCACGCGGUCAGCAGACAGGCGGUGCUCAGGAUUGCCCUGCUGGCCUCGCCUGCGUCCUGGCCCAGCCCUGCCCCUCCAGAGCCGCCCGAGUGCUGGCUUGCCCAUUCCGGAAUCCACGGAUCCUCGGCGUCCAGAGCGCUGCCCUGGGGCUCCAGAAACCAGUCUUGACACCUGGCCGAGCGCAGACUCAGGAACCUCACGCCAGCUGCUUGUCUUCUGCUGCUGAAUUUCUGCGUUCAUUAGUUCAGAGGUGGCCGCCAGCCUAUGCUGCGUGCUCUGCCCUGGCUGGGACGCAAACAUGUCGGGGAUCGCCCUCAGCAGACUCGCCCAGGAGAGGAAAGCUUGGAGAAAAGACCACCCGUUUGGUUUUGUGGCCGUCCCAACAAAAAAUCCCGACGGCACGAUGAACCUCAUGAACUGGGAGUGCGCCAUUCCCGGGAAGAAGGGGACUCCGUGGGAAGGAGGCUUGUUUAAACUACGGAUGCUGUUCAAAGACGAUUAUCCAUCCUCACCUCCGAAAUGCAAGUUUGAACCACCGUUAUUUCAUCCGAACGUGUACCCCUCAGGCACAGUGUGCCUGUCCAUCCUGGAGGAGGACAAGGACUGGAGGCCGGCCAUCACGAUUAAGCAGAUCUUAUUAGGAAUACAGGAACUUCUAAAUGAACCAAAUAUCCAAGACCCAGCUCAAGCAGAGGCCUACACGAUCUACUGCCAAAACAGAGUGGAAUACGAGAAAAGGGUUCGAGCACAAGCCAAGAAGUUUGCUCCCUCAUAAGCAGCGACCUGUGGCAUCAUAAAAAGGAAGGGAUUGGUGUGGCAAGAACUUGUUUACAACAUUUUUGCAAACCUAACGUUGCUCUCUACAAUUACUGGUCACCUGGGGAGGGUUGGGCGGGCGCCAUUUUCCAUUUCCGCCACUGGUACAGUCUCGGCUCGCUGAAUCGCCCAGUUUUUCAUACAGGGUCUCUUCCUUCAGUCUUUUGUAUUUUUGAUUGUUAUGUAAAACUUGCUUUUAUUUUAAUAUUGAUGUCAGUAUUUCAACUGCUGUAAAAUUACAAACUUUUAUACUUCAAUGAGUCCCAAGGAGCUAGUUCCUUUGCUCGCGGAUGCAGGCAUGCUUCACGCCGUCUAGAGCUGCACUUAGCCUUCAGCUGGCUGCACGAAACAGAAAAUCAGACCUGCCCCGCCCUGCCGCCUCCUCUCCCAGAGCCCGGCUUGUGUUGCUUACGAGCCUCAGAUCCACAGUCAGCCAGCGUCGCGUUUCCGCAUCACUUCCUUUGUGUUUAUAUGGCGUUUGUCUGUGUUGCUGUUUAGAGUAAAUAAACUGUUUAUAUAAA